AUGACCAUAGAAUUAAUAGUAUUAACACUAAACUGCUGGGGCAUUCCAUAUGUAUCUAAGGACAGAAACAUUCGUAUGAAUGCAAUUGCUGAUGAAUUGAAUUCAGGAAAAUAUCAUAUAGUUACUUUGCAAGAAGUUUGGUCACAAUCGGAUUUUGAACUGAUACAGCAAAAGACUGCUCAAGUUCUUCCUUAUGCUCAUUAUUUUUAUAGUGGUGUCGCUGGUUCAGGAGUCUGCAUCCUAUCAGCUUUCCCAAUAAUCGAUGCAUUCUUUCACCAAUGGUCCAUCAACGGUUACAUUCACCGAAUUCAGCACGGUGACUGGUUUGGUGGAAAAGGUGUCGGAUUGUGUAAAAUUAGAACGAACGAUGGAACUAUUAUAAAUAUCUAUUCGGCUCAUUUGCACGCAGAGUACAACAGAGACUGUGAUGAUUAUUUAGCUCAUAGAGUUUUGCAAGCAUUUGAAACUGGAAAGUUUAUAGCACUCACGUCUUCGGAUUCGGAUGUGUCCAUUUUGGGUGGUGAUUUGAAUACUGAACCAACUGAUUUAGCUUACAGAAUUAUUUUAGGUUCAUCAGGUUUGCACGAUUCAUUCAUUCCAUUUCAAAACGAUGAAAUCACAUGCAGAAGAUCAACUGGAACAAACGAACAUAAGGAAAAUACAUAUUCACCAAAAAGUGUAUCGGAUAGCGACAUCGAAGGGAAGAGAAUCGAUUACAUUCUUUACAAAGGCAGUAAUAAAGUUAAGGUAAAUGUUUCAAAGUACGAACAUCCAUUGCCUGUCACAAUUCCCAAUCACGACAUCAGUUUCUCAGACCAUGAAGCAGUUGUAACUACAUUUCGACUGGAAAAAGCCUUUUCUACUUCUGAAACCGGCAAAGUGUGCUUUAUCCCCGAUGACACCAACAACUUGGAACAAAACCUCAACAACUCAUAUGCUCAAGAUAUAAACGACUCGAUUAAGAUUUGUAAAGAGGCUUUGAUAUCUCUAGAUAACCACAAACGAUCUUACAUAUAUUUAUCGAUAGUAUGUUUUUCUCUCCUUCUGGCCAUUAUUAAGAUGAGCGAUCUGUCCAGUCUUACUGUGACAUCUACAUUGAUUCUGAUUGUGCAAAUAAGUUUGACUAUUAUUUGGAUGUUUGGAUUGCUGAUGGCAUUUAUGUGGAAUAACAUUGAACGGAACAGUGUUUUUGCAGGGAAAUUGAGUAUGGAGAUACAUUUGAAGUAUUUGAAAGAUAAUGGACAAUAAUAGAAAGAAAUAAACAGGACAUGGGGGUACAAUUUUAUUUUUAGUGAUAGUGAUAUAUAGCAAUUAUUUAAAUGCUCAAUUUAUAUUCGUUAUUAAAUUAGAUAUAUA